AUGGCGCCCGUGAUCUCUUCCACGACACCCAAUAACAGCACAGCUUAUAUAAACGGCCGUGUCUUCACCAUCGACUCUGAACAACCAUGGGCAUCCGCUUUCAUCAUCUCCCCCGAAGGGCUCUUCACCCACGUCGGCAGCGAUGCCGCCAUUAGCGCCUUCGCCCGGCAGUCUCACCUCGUCACCGUGGAUCUGAAGGGUCGUUUCGUCAUGCCCGGUAUUCACGACGCGCACAUGCACUUGCUCUACUCCGGCCUGGGAUUGAUAAGUGAUGCCAACAUCGGAUACGAUACGACCGACGCGACUAUCGGGCCAAGGAUCAAGGAACAGAGCUGCAGAUGCGAGUACGUACACGCGUACCAGGACUGGAUCAUGGCGAAUAUGUACAGCAAUGAAGGCUUCCCGAAUGGCAUCGCUGAUCGGAAGUACUUGGACGAGGUGUUUCCGGAUCAGCCGGUCGUAGUGCUGGGCGGAGCCGGACAUUCCAGGCUGCUUAACACCGAGGCACUGAAAAGAGCUGGGUACGAUAUUGAGAACGAGAAGGAUAUUCAGGGGAGCAAGUUCUACCGCCGGGAAGACGGGAGCUUGACGGGUGAGCUGGGCGAGACGGCCAUGAACAAGGUGGCGAUUGCGAUGCCGGCGCCUUGUCUCGCGCACAUUAAGAGGGCUCUAAAGCAUGCCAUUAGCAUUGCGCAUAGAGCGGGUGUCACGAGCUGUCAGGAAGCGAGCUCCAACACACUACUCCUACAUGCGCUGCGCGAAUUGGAGACCGAAAACCAACUUCACAUGGACAUCGCUGCGCACAUUGUCUACGGGCCUGAAUUCGUCGCCUCCGAGUCCAAAGCCACCCUGCAUCCUCUCCUUGAUGCAGCGGAAAAGUGGAAGAGCAAGCACGUGCAGACGGGCUUCAUCAAGAUCAUCCUAGACGGUGUGCCCCUGCCCCCGCUGUUCACGCACUGUGAGCUGGAUGAGCACGGUGCACCGGAUAAGACCAAGAUCUUCGUCGAAGACAUCGCCGACGCGAUUGCGAAGUACGACCGGAAAGGCAUGACGUUCAAGGUCCAUUGCGCGGGGCAAGGGUCGACAAGAAUGGCUCUUGAUGCGAUUGAGGCCGCGAGGCAGAAGAAUCCCAAUGGACCAAGGCAUGAAAUCGCGCACUGCAGCGGAGUGCAUGACGACGAAUACACCCGCUUCAAGAAGCUCAACGUCACAGCCGAAAUGUCGCCCGCCAUGUUCUUCGUGCACCCCGUAACCUCCGCCUCGCACGGCCUCAUGGACUGGAACUUCCCCAAGAUGCUCGACACCGGCGCGCUUAUGACGCUCGGCUCCGAUUGGGGCGCUACUCCCGAUCCCUCGCUCUUCGGCCCGCUGGCGAACAUUGUGGAGUCGGUAGGACGCGGAUCCAAGGAGAAGGGCGGCGAGAUACUGUGCCGUAUGCUUACGCUUCAGGGGGCAGAGGCUGUGAGGAAGGAGAAGGAGGUGGGGAGUAUUCAGGUGGGGAAGAUUGCGAAUUUUAUUGUGGUGGAUAGGGAUUUGAGUGUGGGGGAGUUUGAGGGUGCGAAGGUGUUGAGGACGUAUUUUGAGGGCGAGUGUGUUUGGAAUGCGGAGGUAUAG